UUCACAUAUAAAAGCAAAGCUCUGAGCCAAAACCCUAGUCCUUUUUAUUGCUCCGUAUCCGUCUCACAGAGCUUCUCCAACUCUGACCGAUCCACAGGUAAUGGCUCCAGCUCAGCCGAAAACCGGCCUCUUUGUGGGGUUGAACAAAGGGCAUGUAACCACCAAGAAGGAAUUGGCUCCACGCCCGUCUGAUCGCAAAGGAAAAACCAGUAAGAGGGUUCACUUUGUCAGGAACUUGAUCCGUGAAGUUGCUGGGUUUGCACCAUAUGAGAAGAGAAUCACUGAGCUUUUGAAGGUUGGCAAGGACAAGCGUGCACUGAAGGUAGCUAAAAGAAAGUUGGGAACCCACAAGAGGGCCAAGAAGAAGCGUGAGGAGAUGUCUAAUGUUCUUCGCAAGAUGAGGUCUGGAGGUGGAGCUACUGAGAAGAAGAAAUGAGGAGAAUCAUUGAUGUUUUCAUAGUUUUGUUUAGAAAUUCACCUAUGCUAUGUGUUUCCUAGUAUCGAAACUUGAAGUUCUGAUUUUACAAUUUGUGUUCCAUGUUGAAUGUUGACGCCGAAAGUGGGACAAGCUGCUUGCCUAUUUUGUUGACCCUCUUUUGUUUACCUUAAUGCCAGCAACAGUUUUGCAA